AGCACGACGACGGAGUGUGCACACUUUUCGAUCAAAUAGAUGAACUUAUAAAGAAUCUCCAGCCCUUUCGUUCUAUGGGAGGUAAGCCGAAUUAUGAUUUUGACUUACACGCAUUUGACAUUGAAAUGUCUUGCGCGAUACAGGAUUUGGUCUGUGGUCCCCCAAUUUUGCCGAGUUUGAUUCCGUUGGAGUUACAAAAUUUUAAAACAAACAUGAUAAGGGUCAUCCAGAACCUCACUAGUGCCCCACUUUCUCCACCAAAUUUGGCUCUGGUGGUCACCGUACAAAACACAGAGUCUCAUGAAAAGGAAUUAAAGGAUGACUCAAGUGUCGAAUCACAUGUUGGGGAUGUUAUAGACAGUAGGCCUGAACUCAGGAAUGAAAAUGACGAAAGGUCCAACGUCGUUGAAAAUAGUAAAGAGCUUGCCCUUCUCGAAGGUCCCAACAAGGUGGCAGAUGCAGAUAAUAAGCGCGCAGACAACCCCAUUUCAUUUGACACCAUUAAGUUGUUUGACAAUGUUGAUGCGGUCAAGACAGAGCACCUAGUUUCACCGAGAGAACCUACACUGGGUAUUGGCUCUAUCUCGCAUGUCCCUCGGUUUGCUCCAAGAUACAAGAUGGUUGAAGAUUCAAAGAGUGGACUGCUUUUUUGGUUUAGCAUUAUCUCUCCAGUCCAGAAGCACGAGUGGGAGCCUCCACCUUGAGGACAAGAUUUACUUUGAAAACCAAAACAAAAAACUUAUGUUGGAUAU